AAACUAAAACAUUUUGAACGUUAACAGCUCUGCCGCUUUUUGUUGUAAAUAUUCUUCAAUAUUUUUGAUAUUUUUGAAUUUCAAAACGUUCAAUGAUGAGUGGAGACGGUGAAGGAAAUGGACAAUUUGAUUCUUUUUUCCUUUCAAUUGCACAGCAUCAUCCAGAAGGAGCAUCGCAACUUUUAGAUACCUUCGUUAACUUCUUGGGUCGUAAAACAGACUUCUUCACUGGUGGAAAGGAAGGAGAAUGGGAAAAGCUGGUUAUGAGCACAUUCAGAAAGUAUGAAAGAAUCAGCAGAGAACAGCACGAAAUUGAGCUCAAAGAAAAGCAAGAUCGAGAUGAUCGGAAAAAAGCAGCAGCAGCUAAAAAAGUAGAAGAGGAAACUGUGAAACCUGCUGCUAUAACUGAAUUGACUGAUGCAGAAGCUGAAAAGCUUCAGGCUGAGCUAGAUGCAAAGAAGAAUGCUAACACAAAGCCUGCUGCCUCUAGUUCAGAUGCAAAUAAAAUUGAGGAAGAUGAAGAUGAGUCAGAGAAAGGCAAAAUCUUGCCUAACAAAGGAAAUGGAUGUGAUUUGGACAAGUACAAUUGGACACAGACUCUAGGAGACAUUGAGCUCAGGGUGCCCCUCAACGUUAGCUUCAGAGCUAAACAAAAGGAUCUGGUAGUGAAUCUAACGAAAAAACGCCUCACUUGCGGAAUCAAAGGUCAGCCACCGAUAAUAGACGAUGAUUUUCCUCACGAAAUCAAACUAGAAGAAUCCACGUGGGUCAUCGAAGAUGGAAAAUCGCUUCUCAUCAAUUUAGAAAAAGUGAACAAAAUGAAUUGGUGGAGCAAAUUGGUGAAUUCUGAUCCAGAGAUCAGCACGAAGAAGAUCAAUCCGGAACCGUCGAAGCUGAGCGAUCUAGACGGGGAGACCAGAGGAUUGGUGGAGAAGAUGAUGUACGAUCAGCGACAAAAAGAACUGGGACUGCCCACUAGCGACGAUCAGAAGAAACAGGAUGUUAUCAAAAAAUUUAUGGAGCAGCACCCAGAAAUGGAUUUUUCCAAAUGCAAAUUCAACUGAACUGUGUCUUAUCUGCACGUUUUCUUUUGUAUUAUUAUUGUGAAUAUGUUGCUUUAUUUUCUAUUGUUGCUUUUAUUUUUUGUACUAUGAUUGAAAACAAUAAAUGAUGAGUUUAUGAAACUGU